ACCUGUACAUAUUGCUGAGGUGAUGUAGAUAUAUGAGAAUAACACUUUUUUGUUCUUACUUAUAAUCAUGAAAUAUAUUUACUUGAUUUUCUGCAGGUGGACAAAUCCCAAUACAAUGCUCUGGCAAACCUGUACCCAGAUCAAGCCCCCUACACAGUGUGCAACUCAUCUCUCUCUGAGUAUGCAGUGUUGGGCUUUGAGCUUGGUUUCUCCAUGACGAAUCCCAAUGCUUUGGUUCUCUGGGAGGCUCAGUUUGGUGACUUCAACAACACAGCACAGUGCAUCAUUGAUCAGUUUAUAUCCUCUGGGCAGUCAAAGUGGAUCAGACAAACUGGUCUUGUUUUGUUGUUACCACAUGGCAUGGAAGGCAUGGGACCUGAACACUCCAGUUCCCGCCUUGAGCGCUUCCUGCAGAUGACCUCAGACGAUCCAGAUGUUCUCCCUGCAUUUUCAAGUGACUUCGCAAUCCGGCAGUUGUCUGAUAUCAACUGGAUUGUUGCUAACUGCUCCACCCCAGGCAACUUGUUCCACGUCCUUCGAAGACAAAUUGCUCUUCCCUUCAGAAAACCACUGAUUAUCAUGACCCCUAAAUCUCUCCUCCGUCACCCAGAAGCCAAAUCCUCCUUUGAUGACAUGGUUGAGGGAACUGAAUUCCAAAGAAUAAUCCCAGAGGCUGGCCCAGCAGCAAAGAAUGAAGCAGGUGUAAAGCGCCUCAUUUUCUGCUCGGGCAAGGUGUACUAUGACUUGGCAGCUGCCCGCAAAGAAGCUGGUAUUGAGGAUUCGAUUGCAAUUGCAAGAGUGGAACAG